AUGGAAACAUACAUUCGCUUAGCUGACUCGGUUAUUGAAUUCGAUAUCGAAUUUCGUGGCACACCCACAAGUGAACACACCAAGCAUUCGCUGAAAAUUCAGCAAGAGGAGCUAAAGGUGAUGUGGGAGAAAGCCAAAGCACUUUUUGAUGACUUGCUGGCUACGGAAUCAAUUGGUGCUAAAGAUCUAAGUUCGAUACGUAAGAAAGGAAAAACGUGCUAUGCAGCUUUUGUGCGAUGUAUGUCCAAAAUAAACGAUUUGUCGGAAAAAUUUGCAAAAUCCGAAAAGGAAGAUGAGGACAUAUCAGCCACACAGCAUAAUUUACACCUACCGCCUUGUGAUAUCGACGCAUUCAAAGGCGAUUAUUUGUCAUGGCCAACAUUUCGUGACAUGUUCACGGCUAUAUAUAUAUUGAACAAGCGGCUGACACCCAUUCAAAAGCUUUACUAUCUUAGUCAGAAAACGCAGGGUGAAGCCAAAGAAAUUGUUAAGAAAUGCGACCUGACAAAUGAUGGGUUUAAUAUAGCCUGGAAGAAUUUGUGCGAUAGGUAUGAGAAUAAAAGGAUCCUAGUUAACACCCAGUUGAAGAUCCUCUUCAAUCUACAGGCGGUGGAAACUGAAUGCGGGAGUGCAAUUAAAAGAUUGCACAGGGAUAUAAACAAUUGCAUAUCUUCCCUGGAGAGUCAUAAAAUUGACAUUUCAACCUGGGAUCCAAUAAUUACAUACCUUUGCUCCACAAAAUUACCAGAAGAGACUCUUUCGCUGUGGGAGCAAUCAGUGCAAACUAAAACAGAUAUUUCCAAGUGGGCUGACAUGGACCAAUUCUUGUCAAGCAGAUUCCAAACUUUGGAAUCGGUCUCGGGGUUGAGAGGAAUCAAGGUUUCAAAAAUUUCAAAAGGGUUAAGUCAUAAGCAUUCCUCUGAACCGCCACAAAAGAAACUUGGCACUUUUCAAACUAGUGCGGCUCCAGCUAAAACAACGACAAAGGAGAAUACAGCCAAUCCAGAUAACAAUGGUGCAUCGACAUCCAGAGCGUUAAUUGACUCUGGCUCUGAGUGUUCCUUCAUCACGGAGAGGCUCAGACGCAGAAUCAACUUGCCGACCAAGAAGAUGUUAGCACAGGUUUCGGGCAUCAAUAAUUCUGUUUCAGCGCAGGUGAAAGAAGCGUGUUCGAUUCAAUUGCGGUCACCAAUUGACCCACUUAUUUCUAUUGAUGCCCUUGUGUUAGUUCUACCAAAUCUGACAUGGAAUUUGCCUACUUGUGAUGUUAGCGCACUCACACAACAAGUUUUUCCUGAUCUGGUUUUGGCAGAUAAAAGGUUUUUUGUGAAUGAACAAGUCGAUCUGGUUCUUGGAGGAGACAUAUAUCCUCAAAUAAUAUUAGGUGGAAUUAAGAAGAACGUUCUCAGUACUCUCUUAGCGCAAGAAACAGUAUUCGGUUGGAUACUGACUGGUCGUGCUGAUGCAGCCAGCCCAACCAGCAAUAAUCGAGUUUCAUUUUACAAUGAGGUUGCCCUUGAUAGACAGUUAUGCUCAUUCUGGGAACUGGAGGAUUUGCCGAGAAACAGAGCACCAACAACCGAAGAAACACAGUGUGAGGAGCUCUACAAGCGUACAAGCAAACGGAACCCAGACGGAAGGUAUAUCGUUUCGCUUCCAUUCAAAGCGGAGUUCCCGGCUGAUACCAAAUUGGGGCCAUCACUGAGAAUAGCGUGCUCGCAAUUCUACAAAAACGAGACACGCCUCAAGAAAAAUCCAGAUUUGCAUGCGGAAUACAACAGGGUCAUACUAGAGUACGAGACAAUGGGGCAUAUGUCGAAAAUCAAUGCACUUCAGUCGGCCGAUGCAAUCGACAAUUACUAUCUGCCUCAUCAUGCCGUGAUAAAAGAAGAAAGUAUAUCAACAAAGGUUCGGGUAGUUUUUAAUGCUUCGUCUUCUUCAGCGAAUGGGGUCAGCUUGAACGAUGUUCUUUUACCAGGGCCAGUUCUUCAAGCUGAUUUACCAAUUUUGAUUCUCCGCUGGAGACUUUUUAGGUACGUCUUCAAUAGCGAUAUUGAGAAGAUGUACAGGCAAAUUCUCGUGGAUGCCAACCAGACGAAGUACCAGAGAUUAGUCUUCCGUACGGGUCCAAACGAACCAAUCGGUCUUUAUGAAUUAAAAACGGUUACUUUCGGUAUAAACUGUGCGCCUUAUCUGGCGAUAAGGACAUUACUUCAGCUAGCUAAUGAUUCAGAAAAUUCCCAUCCGAUAGCUUCGAAUAUUUUACGGAAAAAUAUGUAUGUCGAUGAUGUUCUUGCGGGCGGACAUACUAUAGACUCCACGUUACAGGCUAGGGAUGAGGUUUCUACAGUUUUGAAAUCAGCUGGAUUCCCUUUGCGAAAAUGGACCUCGAAUUGUGACAAAAUACUACAGGGCAUACCAAAACCACAUCUUUUAAGCGAAGAUUUCUUAGAAUUCGAGGACACUAGCAGUGUAAAAGCAUUAGGUAUCAGAAGCAACAUUACGGAGCAGAAAUCGCUAAACUUAAAGCAAGAGAAUCCAUUGAGUCAAAAAGUGAAAUCCUUCCUCUAA